AUGAGGUUCUCUACGAGUCGGCUGGCCCUCGUGGCUAGCGGGUUGGCUGUGGUUGAAGGUGCUGUGAUCCAUUCCAGGGCUCUCCCUGGGGUCAAGGUUACUUUCCAGGAGACCAAAAUCUGCGAGACAACCCCCGGCGUCAAGGGCUACAGUGGCUACGUCACUCUGCCUGCUACGCUGGACCCUGCCAUCCCCUUCGAGAGCAACAUGUUCUUCUGGUUCUUUGAGUCACGUCAAUCCCCCGCAACAGCACCCACUACCUUGUGGCUGCAAGGUGGUCCUGGAUCGGCCAGUAUUGACCAGGCAGUGAGCGGUCACAACGGUCCCUGCUCAGUCAACCCAGACUCCAAAACGACCACGCUCAACCCCAACAGCUGGAACUCGGUCUCCAACAUGAUCUACAUUGAUAAUCCCGUGCAGGUUGGGUUCUCCCACGACGGCGUGCUCAAGCCGGGUGUCUUGGAUACUCAGACCGGCGACGUCAACCUGGACAACCCGGCCGACCCAACCAACUGGCUCUCUGUCAAGGGAACCUUUCCCAGCGGUGACAAGAACCACAUGGUCAACACGACCACCACGGCAGCUAAGGCCAUUUUCUACGCGAUGCAGGCAUUCUUCGACCAGUUCCCGCAGUAUCGUCGCGACAAUAUCAACAUAUGGUCCCAGAGCUAUGGCGGCCACUAUGCGCCCGCCAUUGCCUCGCUGAUCACCCAGGAGCAGGCAAAGCCGGGCAGCGUGCUGCAGACCGCUGGAUCAUCCGGCUCGCCCAAGAAUGGCAAGAGAGCCACCACGGCCAUUGGUGUCAAUUCGAUUGGUAUCAUCAACGGCUGGGUCGACCACGUGACGCAGGCUCCCUUCCUCAUGACCUACAACAACAACAACUCGUACGGGAUCAAGUCGUAUUCGGAUGACACAGCACAGAAGCUUCUGACCCAGUUCAACGCCCCUGGCGGAUGCAUGGAUCUGUCCAAGCAGUGCCGACAGAUCAUAGUCGACAAGGACGCUGCCGGACUCGCCACCGACCCCGACGUGGUGAAGAAGUGCAGUGAAGCCACGUCUUCUUGCCUAGCCAUGAUCGGCCAGAACGACGCCGCGUCGGGCCGCUACACCUUCGACAUGGCCCAGGUGCUGCCCCUCGGCUUCCCCUACCCCUACGAGGUCGGCUGGCUCAACGAUGCCGGUGUCCAGAGCGCUCUGGGCGUCAAGUUGAAUUAUACCAAAUCCAGCAGCGCCGCCGCCGCCUACUUCUUAGGCUCGGGAGAUCUAGUCCGUCCGUACAGCGACGUUGUGGGCCAGCUUCUGGACCAGGGUGUCAAGGUCGCCAUGGUCUACGGCGACCGGGACUGGCGCUGCAACUGGGUGUCGGGCGAGGCAGUCAGCUUGUCAGUCAAGUAUGGCGACAGCGCCAAGUUUGCUGCUGCUGGCUACACCGAUCUCAAGGUUGGGAACAAGGUUGCCGGAAAGGUGCGCCAGAAUGGUCUUUUUAGCUUCACUCGGGUGUUCAACGCCGGUCAUGAGGUUCCGAUCUAUAAGCCUGCCGAAGCACUCGCCAUCUUCACACGCUCCAUCAUGGGCAAGGACGUUGCCACAGGACAGUCCGAUGCUGCAAAGUUCACGUCGUCUGGCCCAUCUUCGGUCUUUGACGUCAAGGUGAAGGCCGAUCCUCUUCCUGCGCCUCUCUGCUACGUCCUCGAGGUUCCCAUCAAUCAGCGCUGCACGCCCGACCAGAUCAAGGCCCUUGGGGCCGGCUCGGCUGUUGUCAAGGACUACAUCGUCAGCUAA